AUGCUCCUCACGUUCGUCUUGGUCUCCUGGCCCACCGCCACGGCCAUGCGACCGGGUCGCGUGAGGGAGCUCCGGCAGGAAACCGUCGAUAUGUUCUAUCACGGUUUCGACAAUUACAUGAAGAUUGCAUUUCCAGAGGAUGAGCUCCGUCCGGUGUCUUGUACUCCCCUCACCAGAGAUGCCAAGAAUCCCCGAAACGUCGAGCUCAACGAUGUGCUAGGCAACUACUCCCUCACCCUUAUCGACAGUCUCUCGACCUUGGCUAUCCUUGCGUCCGCGCCACCAGAUGACCGAGAUACCGGCCCGAAAGCGCUGAGAGACUUUCAGAAUGGUGUGGCUGCCCUGGUUGAACACUAUGGGGAUGGGCGUCCGGGCCCCACGGGGGCGGGUCUGCGCGCUCGCGGUUUUGAUGUCGAUAGCAAGGUUCAGGUGUUUGAGACGGUAAUUCGCGGCGUCGGGGGGCUGCUGAGCGCCCAUCUCUUUGCCAUUGGCGCGCUGCCCAUCACUGGCUAUGAUGCACGCCGUCCCGACGAUGACCUCCUCAACCCACGCCCCAUCCUGUGGCCAAACGGGCUGAAGUACGAUGGCCAGCUGCUGAGGCUUGCCCACGACCUGGCACAGAGGCUUCUACCUGCCUUCUACACCAAGACUGGCAUGCCGUAUCCGCGGGUAAAUCUGCGCCAUGGCAUUCCAUUCUAUACCAAUUCGCCCCUGCAUGGCGAGGCUUCUCCGGCGGGCACCGCAGAAGGACCCCCCGAGAUUACUGAAACAUGCAGCGCAGGAGCCGGGUCGCUUGUUCUCGAGUUUACCGUUCUCAGUCGUCUAACAGGCGACGCCCGGUUCGAGCAAUUGGCCAAGCGAGCAUUCUGGGCUGUCUGGUACAGAAAGAGCCAGAUCGGCCUCAUCGGCGCAGGGGUGGAUGCCGAACAGGGCCACUGGAUAGGGCCCUUUGCGGUAAUCGGUGCCGGCGCUGACAGUUUCUUUGAGUAUGCUCUCAAGUCACACAUUCUGCUCUCCGGCCACGAGCUUCCCAAUCGCACAAUUCUGCCGCCGGACCACCAAGGUGAAUGGCUCGAUCCGAACUCGCUUUUUCCUCCGCUAAGCGAUGCCGAGAAUUCUCCCGACGCAUUCCUAGAGGCCUGGCACCAUGCACACGCUGCGAUCAAGCGCCAUCUCUACAGCGAGCGAGAUCAUCCUCACUACGAGAAUGUCAACUUAUGGACGGGCUCUCUGGCAUCGAACUGGGUUGAUAGCCUGGGCGCCUAUUAUUCUGGCCUGCUCGUCCUUGCUGGCGAGCUCGACGAAGCCAUCGAAACGAACCUGCUUUACACUGCGAUCUGGACACGCUAUGCAGCGCUUCCUGAACGCUGGUCGAUUCGGGACAAAACGGUCGAGGGCGGCCUUGGCUGGUGGCCGCUGCGACCCGAGUUCAUAGAGUCGACGUACCACCUAUACCGCGCCACGAAGGAUCCUUGGUAUCUCUACGUUGGCGAGAUGGUGCUCCGCGACAUCACCAGGCGGUGUUGGACUCCUUGUGGCUGGGCAGGGCUCCAGAACGUCUUGGACGGAGAGAAGAGCGAUCGCAUGGAAAGUUUCUUUCUCGGGGAAACGGCCAAGUACAUGUAUCUGCUAUUCGAUGACCGACAUCCGCUAAACACAAUGGAUGCUCCCUACGUAUUUACCACAGAAGGUCACCCCCUUAUCAUCCCUAAGCCUAGGUCCACGGAAAGAGCUCGGCAGCCGAAGCCCAGCCGCAGGGAUCUUACCGUGUACCACGAUGAUGGCUUUACGAACUCAUGCCCACCGCAACCAGCUCCUACCCCGCUGUCUGGUUCGGUUGUGGCUGCCAGGAAUGACAUCUACCAUGCUGCACGAAUGUUGGACUUGCAUUUACUUUCCGCUUCGCGCCACAGUCUUGAUGGCGGGCAAGUGUCUGGCCAGCACAUGGCCAAGUCCAACUUCACCCUUUUCCCGUGGACAUUGCCGCCGGAGUUGCUUCCUAGCAACGGGACCUGUGCCAAGGUCUAUCAACCACUCGAACUCACGCUAGAAUUUGCGUCUAAUACACAGCAAGUAGUUGGAGGCAGCGCAUUCAACUUCAUGAUUGCGAAUCAAAACAUGGAACGUCUGAGCGUGGACCGCAUUCGCGUAUCCAGUCUGUCCGGCUUAAAGAUUACGAUGCACCUCGAUGAUAACGAGGAGCGUGAAUGGCGGGUCAGCAAAGUCAAUGGCGUCAGUCUAGGCCGGGAUGAGUCUGUUGUCCUUGACCGAUCCAUCCUCGGUGACAUCUCGGACCCCAGGUUCAACCUUGUCCGAGACCCGGUGGUCGUGAAGCUCCAACACUUACACCACGUCGACCUGCUCGACAAUGAUAACACAACAAAUGACGAGCAAGCAGCGCAAUUCGAGCCUAUUGAAGAUGCAGACAGUUCAGCCAUCCUCACGGAGCUUGGAUCCCUGGUAAAAUCCCUGUUCUCUCGCAUGGCCGCAUCCCUCGAUAUCCAGCUUCCCAACUCGCCCACCCCACUUCCCGGGUCGGCCACUGGGUCCUCCUCCUUCCCUUUCAAUCUUGUUAUCAACCAGACCGCCGUCACACCCACCGGCAUUGGCGCUGCGCCGCUCCCACCUGCGAGUGUUCCCGCAGGGGCGCGCAUACCUGCCUUUGGCCCCGUCCCCGAGGGCAUCUUCCCCUGGUCUACCGUUUACGCGGCCGGUGACGCCUGCUCCGGCCCCAUCCCGGAAUCGGCUCCCCGCGAUCACCAGGUCAUCGUCAUCCGGCGUGGCGGGUGCAAUUUCUCGACCAAGCUGGCCAACAUUCCCGCGUAUGCGCCGUCCCCAACGGCGCUUCAGCUUGUGGUGAUUGUGUCGGAUGAUGAGGAAGACGAGAAUGGCGGCGGCGGUCAGGGGCUGGUCAGGCCGCUCCUGGACGAGGUCCAGCGUACCCCUGGGGGCAUUCAGCGCAGAAAUCCGAUCGCCAUGGUCAUGGUUGGCGGUGGGGAGGUGGCGUACCAUCAGUUGAGGAUGGCGAGCAGAGUUGGGGUUAUGAGGAGGUAUUUCAUUGAGAGUCAGGGCGUAAGGGUGAGGAAUAUAAUCGUCGACGAGGGGGACGGGGGCGUGGAUAUGUGA